AUGGCAGCAUUUGACGCUAGUAAGAGAGAAUGGUUCCUAGAAGUUCCUAUCAACCCAGGAACUCUCGAAAAGCGGCUAGCACUACGUGGACAACAUAUUGCGGAUGCGAUGCCCAAGGUCGAGGCUGGCAUCAUCACGCUGGCAGCGAGCAUUUUAUCCAAGCCCACCGAGGACGGCGAUAACAAGGACAUGAUCAAAGCAAUCGCCACAGUUGUUGCAAAGACCGAAGAAGAGGCCAGGAACAUUCUGGUCGACGAUGUGUAUACAAGGGAAGGGAUAUGGGACUCGGAUAAAAUUCAGGUCUACCCAUUGAGGACGGGCAUCAGAACGCAGAAAUGA